CCGGGGGGGCGGACCCGCCGCCUGCGCAGACGCUCCCGCGGGUCCGGGAGGUGCCGCGUCUGCCGCUGCCGCCCGGGGCCGUGUCCGCGCCCGGGAAAGGGGAGAGAAAGGACACCGGGAGGAAGAGAACCCCCUCACCUGCAUCCGCCCUAAACAGCAGAGCGGGGCAGUGGGAAGAUGGGAUUGACAAACCAUGAAGGAAUAAUGAGGGAAUCCUGAAGCAGUAACAGAGUGUUUGCUCCUGGACUCUGCCCAAGGGGACUGUUUGCAUAUCAAUGCUCUUAACCAGCUGAUUUGUUUUAUAUAAACCUGAUCAAAACAUGGUUGCACAUAUUGUUAGUCCUGUUGUGGCAAGACAAGGAAGGGGACCAGCACAGGCAGCUGACAGAGACAGCCAGGACCACUGCAACCCCAUCAAUGACAGUCUGGUAUCACACCAGCAGCUCCCUUGCUGUAAUUUGCUACUUACCCUUGGAGAGAGAGAAUUCAUUGGGGUUUUGUGGGACCAUGGAAGGAACAGAGAUGUCACCAAGUGUUAACUCAGAGGAGAGCAGUGUGUUGGACCUUCCGUCUGUUUGUGACCUGGCAGAGCUCUUUGUGCCUCCACGCAGCGCUGAAAACACUGAGGAACUUUAUCGUUCUGUGGAUGCUUUUCCCUCUCUGCCCACAGGAGAGAGCAAUCUAUCAUCUGCAGUUCCUGCAGGCUUUUCUGCUGAAGGCUCUGAGAAAGCAAACGUGAGAUGUUAUCCAAAAGCCGGGCUGUGUGAGCCCACGGAACCUGAUGAUGCCGCGCUCUCAUGGAUGUACAAACGUGACAGUGCUGAAGACCCCAGCAUCAGGAAAUCUCUUGAUGACUUCUACAACAUGUAUUGCAAAAAACAACCAGGGAGAAUGGAUCCAACUUACGAGGCUGCAUCACAGUGUCUGUCACGGAAGAUUUCGGAGCUGGCAAACCGGGAUGGAACUAAGUAUGCAUCACGUUGCCUGCAAAUGGCACAGUUGGUCUUGAACAGAGACGGGUGCAAGAUCUUUCCAAACCACCCCCCUUCUGCCUGUUUUUCGAAGCCAGCUGAAGGAGGAGUCUUGUUGGAAGACAGAAAGAGAACACCUGGGCUCUCAGAUGACAUCCUCCAACUCCUCUUGAAACAAACACAGGCAGAACAUAGCCCUGAUGUGUCACACGAGAAGUGAGCAAGACAGUGGUUUGUUUCUGUCAUUGGAGCUUUGCUUUCACUCUAAAAAGAGGUGACUUCCUUAGAAAGACACUCUUCUCCUGGCAUCACCUUCAACACCAGACACUCCAUGGAGGGGUUCACCUGGAGCAGACCUUGCCACCUUGUUCUCUGCAGGGCAGCACUGCACGAGGAGCACUUGUGGUCCCCAUGUAACUGCUUGGGAUGUGUCUGUAAUUGGGUUGGGUGAUGCAGUGUUUGUUGCUGGGACAUCAAACGUGAUAAUUUAAAUCUGCCAGGCUUUUAAACUGACUUACAUUUCUACCCCAGCUGAAUCGUGGCCCUACCCAAAUUCAGUCCCUGUGUAGGCAUGGAUGUCCAAGUGCUGUUGAUUAGGACAGACUGUUUGAAUGAACUUGGCAUGGUAUGCCCCAGACCUAGAGAGGGGCGCUUAACAUUUUAUUCUGUUCCCAGCUGAUACUGUAACAUGUAUGCCUCCACUGGGAUGCCUGUUAGCUGUAUGUGUUUACCUGCAGACAUAUGAUCCCACAGAUCAUGACUGCAAAUGCAGAAAUUGUAAUCCGAAUGCAAGAUGAACAAGGUGUCUGGUUUUGCCUCCUGCUGUUAAAGGCUGUCUUCUAAAACAGGCUUCAAAUGGAGCUGAAGUUUCUGCUUCCUU